AUGGUUCUCCGUGCUCCCGCGCCAUCCCGACCCUCGACGCCGAGUCAGUGCAGAAUCUUGGGAAUUCAGCCCUGGCCUCUGUACACGGCCCACACAAUUGCCGCCAUUGAAGUUUCUCAUUCUCUACUUACCUACGUCAGGUCUCUAACAAUGGCGUCGUCGUCCUCUUCCAUGUCUAGUGGCGACGCUGCAACUCUCCGGCAAAAGAGAAUCUUUGCGAGCAAGCUUUACUUCGACGUUUCUCCAACUAAGGUCCCGCUAAUUUAUUCUCCCGCUUAUGACAUCGCAUUUUUGGGCAUUGAAAAGCUGCAUCCGUUUGAUUCUUCAAAAUGGGGCCGAGUUUGCCAAUUCUUGAUCUCUGCUGGUGUUCUCGAUAAGAAAAGAAUUGUUGAGCCAAUCGAAGCUUCUAAAGAUGAUCUGCUGGUGGUUCAUUCUGAAGCGUACCUGGAAAGUCUAAAGAGCAGCCCUAAUGUUGCCAUGAUGGUUGAGGUUCCUCCUGUUGCCAUGUUCCCCAAUUGUCUUGUGCAGAAGAAACUUCUAUAUCCUUUUCGCAAGCAGGUAGGAGGAACCGUGCUGGCUGCUAAGCUUGCUAAAGAACGAGGAUGUGCUGUCAAUGUGGGGGGAGGGUUCCAUCACUGUAGCAGUGAAAGAGGAGGUGGAUUUUGUGUUUAUGCGGAUAUUUCACUUUGCAUACACUAUGCUUUUGCUCGAUUGAAUAUAUCCAGGGUGAUGAUUAUUGACCUUGAUGCUCACCAAGGGAACGGCCAUGAAAGGGACUUCUCCGCUGACAAAAGGGUCUAUAUUUUGGAUAUGUACAAUCCUGGAAUAUAUCCAUUUGAUUAUGAGGCAAGUAGAUACAUUGAUCAGAAAGUUGAAGUCAUGAGUGGAACAACAACAGAUGACUACUUGAGCAGAUUAGAUGAUGCACUUGAGGUUGCUGGUAGAAUGUUUGAUCCUGAGUUGAUAAUUUACAACGCUGGUACUGAUAUACUUGAUGGAGAUCCAUUGGGCAGGUUAAAGAUUAGUCCUGCUGGGAUAAUCAACAGGGAUGAGAAGGUAUUUAGGUUUGCUCGUGAAAGAACCGUACCCCUGGUCAUGCUGACGUCAGGUGGUUAUAUGAAGUCCAGCGCAAGAGUGAUUGCAGAUUCACUGGCAAAUCUCUCCACGAAAUGCUUAAUAGAUUUGAAGUUGUCCAUGUGA